AUGGAUGUAGUCGCCGACAUCCUCUCUAUUGCUAAAGGGGAUGCUACUGCCGUGACCAUGUCAUUGUUUAUGGGUUUGGUUAAGGUUUAUAGUGUGAAAUCGAAUUCGUGGCCAAGGGUAAAAGAUUUCCCUUAUUGCAUCUGGUACAUCUGGUACCUGCGAGUGAAUGGUGUUGUCAAUGAUGACAAGGUGGCGAGGAUGUGUGAAAUCGAAUCCGUGGCGAAGGGUAAAAGAUUUCCCUUAUUGCAUCUGGUACAUCUGGUACCUGGUGUUUUCAUUAGUGGGGCUCUGCACUGGGUUGCCAAUGAAAGACCAGCAUCAUCGUAUAUGAUUGCUGUUUUUGAUCUUGGAUCUGAGGAAUAUGAGUUGGUUCCAACGCCUGAAUUUUCAGAUAAGAAUUUUACAAUGAAUUUGGAUGACUUGGGAGGAAGCCUUUGUAUGUAUUGCGGUUACUUUGACUACCAUGUUGACAUAUGGGUGAUGAAGGAGUAUGGAAUAAAGGAAUCUUGGACUAAAUUGUUUUCCUUUGUGCAAGGGAGUGUGAUCAAGUCCUUUCAUUAUGUGAAGCCUAUAGCAUAUUCAAAGAACGGUAGAGAAUUAAUUUUAGGACAGGACAAUGCAAUGCUUCUUCGGUAUGACUUAAAGAAAGAAAAAGUCACAACGAUUAAGAUUCAUGGCCUUCGGUACAUUCGCAAUACACAUAUGUGCUUGGGAAGCGUUGUUCCGCUUCAUGGUGUUGGUGAAAGUGAUGAGAAGCAGCAAGCACAAAAGAAGAUGCAUAAAAAGAAGAGGUAA